CAUUAGUCCAAACAGUUUCGUUUUGCAACGAACGCGAUAGUUUCUUUUGAAUAAAUUCAGGUAGUUCCCUCCCGGUUUCGUUCCGUUUGGUUCCUAGUGAAUCUACCUACCCCUGUUCCUCUUUGGGCAUAGGUAAAAAAGUUUAUUGAAGCAGCGCUCGCGAGGUUCUCUCCAGCUGACAGAUCGUCCAGUCCACUCCCCAGUCUCCACCCCUCCAGACUGCAGGCAUGGCGGCUAUCGAGGCUCGGGAAUGCGAAACUGAAGGCUGUAGUAGCAAGGCCAAACUUCAAUGUCCAACCUGCAUCAAGCUCGGGAUCCAAGGCUCAUACUUCUGCUCGCAGGAGUGCUUCAAAGGGAGCUGGGCCACUCACAAGCAGCUGCACAAAAAAGCAAAGGAGGAUAACCAGGAUGAGGCAAAGAACUGCGUGGAGACCGACACCAACACAGACCCAUGGCCUGGCUACCGCUACACGGGCAGACUACGCCCUCACUACCCACUCACUCCGAUGAGGACUGUCCCCAGUGACAUCCAAAGACCUGACUAUGCUGAUCAUCCACUAGGCAUGUCUGAGUCGGAGCAGUCUUUGAAGGGCACUUCACAGAUCAAGAUCCUUCCUGCCGAAGACAUUGAAGGCAUGAGAGUUGUGUCUACGCUGGCCCGAGAGGUGCUUGACAUUGCCGCCCUGAUGGUGAAACCUGGCAUGACCACGGAAGAGAUUGACCACACUGUGCACCUGGCCUGCACAGCCAGAAACUGUUACCCCUCCCCUCUCAACUACUACAACUUUCCCAAGUCCUGCUGCACGUCAGUCAAUGAGGUCAUCUGCCACGGCAUCCCAGACAGGAGGCGUCUGGUGGAUGGGGAUAUCCUCAACGUGGAUAUUACUGUGUACCACAAUGGAUUCCACGGAGAUCUCAACGAGACCUUCUUUGUCGGAGAGGCAGAUGAAGGGGCGAAAAAGCUUGUCCAGACCACCUUCGAAUGCCUUAUGCAAGCCAUCGACUCAGUAAAGCCUGGUAUCCGCUACAGGGAGCUUGGUAACAUCAUCCAGAAACAUGCCCAGGCUAACGGCUUCUCUGUGGUGCGGAGCUACUGUGGCCAUGGCAUCCACAAACUGUUCCACACAGCUCCUAACGUGCCCCACUAUGCCAAAAACAAAGCGGUCGGGGUGAUGAAACCUGGCCAUGUAUUCACCAUCGAGCCCAUGAUCUGUGAAGGUGGUUGGCAGGACGAGACGUGGCCUGAUGGCUGGACAGCUGUGACUCGGGAUGGGAAGCGUUCCGCCCAGUUUGAGCACACCUUGCUUGUGACGGAGACGGGCUGUGACAUUCUGACACGCCGGCUGGACGACAACGGACGUCCCCACUUCCUCAACCAAAUCUAAAUGGGGGGAGGGAUACAGCAACGAAAUGACUGUCUCGUGGGCAGCUCACUUUGAUCCCCAAUGUCAUAUCACACAUACACGCCUCUAACCUGAGGCACGCCGCCCGCCUGCCCCCCACCCCUCCGGAGGCUGUCCCUGCCGUGGCCUGGCUCUCACCGUUCCACAAAUUUAGUGUUGUUCUCCAAGAUUUACGGGAAGUACUUGAAUACAUCUGAUAUCAACUGUGUGGAUUGUUUUAAUGAGGCUGUUUUAAAAAAUAAAUGUCUCAUCAGGAGAUGAAAAUUAAAAAUAAAGAAGUGUAUUUAUGCGCAGUAGCAGGUUUAAUUUUUACCUUUAUUGUGAGCUUUGAUUCUGUUGACAUAUUUGACUGCAGAGGUGUGGAAAGGGUCAUGCUUCAGUUUGA